CUCAAACAUGGCAUCUCCUUCCAGAUUUGGCCCGGACACUGUCUGGCUUGUUACAGGAGCAUCAUCUGGACUCGGAGCCGCAUUCGCAAAGCACAUUCUCGUCCAAGGCCAUAACAUCGUAGCCACAGCACGCAACGUUUCCUCACUCUCCUACCUCCCAAGUUCGUCCAAGGUCCUCAAACUCUCCUUGGACGUGACAUCAAUUCCAAGCAUCAAAGCUGCAUUUGCUUCCGCUAUCGAGACGUUCGGUCAUGUCGAUAUUGUGGUCAACAAUGCGGGGUACUUGUUGAUUGGAGACACUGAGAACGCGACGGACGAGGAAGCGAGAAAGGAGAUUGAUACGAACUUUUGGGGAGUUGUGGAUAUGAGCAAAGAGGCUGUGAGGAUUAUGAGGGAUGUCAACGGAAAGAGGAAUGAUGGAAAGCCAAAAGGAGGUCUGGUGAUACAGGUCAGUAGUCUAGGAGGUCAGGUUGCCGUUGCUGGGAAUGCAUUUUACCAUGCUAGCAAAUUUGGACUCGAAGGCUUCACAGAAGCGUUCUCCAAAGAAAUACCGCCAGAUUGGAAUAUCAAUUUCUUGAUCCUUGAACCUGGAGGAGUGAAGUCUAAUUUCGGAACUUCGAGCUUGAAAAUGAUCGCCAGACAUCCUGCCUAUGCGGACGAAAAAUACCCUACGAGGCAAUUGGAGAAGUUCAUGCUUGAGGGAGAUAUGGAUAAGCAGACAUCUGAUCCUGCUAGGGUGGUUGAAGUAGUUUUUGAUGUUGUGGCCGGAAAGAUUAAGGCCACGCUGCAGAGUAGAUUGAAAGAUAUGGAUGACUGGAAGGAAGUCAGUGAGAGUACGAUGACGGAGGAGGUGAAGGAAGCUGUGAGGAAAGGAAAUGAGAAGCUGGGAUUGUAG